CAACGGCUUGAGAGCCAUUUCAAAAGCCUGAUUGUUGGCAAACGACCCAUCACUAAUGCAUAACGUGGGUGCGCUAGAGAAGGCCACAGAAGCAACAGAGAGACAUUCUACUCGGGCUGUCAAACAGGACAUAUCUAUAAAGAUGGAAGUGGACAUCAACGGAGUGUCGAGGGCUCAUGUUUCCAUUCUACCUGCAGCUGAGCUCAAAGGUACGUUGAAAGUGGAAGCAGAAAAACCUCGCUGUGCCAGCACGCCCUGCUCGCCCAUCAGAAGCACAGUUGCAGGAUACCAGAUCCUCCACAUGGACUCAAACUAUCUAGUGGGCUUCACAACGGGUGAGGAGCUGCUGAAAUUGGCCCACGAAUGGUCAGAAAGCUCUCCAGAAAAGAGCUUGUUACCCGAGGCCGCCCCCAGUCCUAUUCAGACCAGUGUGUCCAAGUCAUUAGACUUAAGCAUCCACCGGUCUUCAAGAAUAUUCAAAGCCAAAAGUCGCUACUACCAACCUUACGACAUCCCUGCUGCCAGCGGUCGUAGAAGACGGCGUAUGCCAAGCUCAAGUGACACCUUCCUCAGGUCUAUGACUCAAGGGGAACAUGGGAGGAGUGUACACGCGCCACUACCCUUAUGUCUGCUCAAAGGGAAGAGGACCCAGUCCAAGUCCCUGGACUAUCUUAAUCUCGACAAAAUCACAAUCAAAGAGUCAUCAGACACUGAGGUGUUACAGUACCAACUGCAGCAUCUUACCCUUAGGGGAGAGCGCAUGUUCACUAGAAACAAAACCUAAAAGCACGGAACAUUUCAAAAAUAUUCUGGGCGUCUUUCGCUUUGGUGGGGAUUCGAUUUUUUUUUUUUUUUGCACUCAGAUUAUAAAUAGUAUUUAAACAAGACGGCCUGAUAAUCCUGCUAUAUUAUGUUCCUGGAAUAAACCCUGCACUGAACACAUAAGGUUGAAAAGGAUUAGUACCUAAUAUGAAAUAUUAUUAUUUUAGUAUUGUCAUAUAAUUAUUAGUACUCACUGAAUUGUGAUUUUGGAAGUCAAAAUGUGAAUUAUAUAUCUUAGCAAUAACUGGUUUACCUACUAUUUAUUACAGCUGAUGCAUGCACACAUCACAAUGUAUCAGCUUUCAAUUAAAUCAUCUUUUUACUGCUUAAGGUGACAAGCUUUGAAAUGUGUGGUUUUUUUAUGACACUGAUUUAAUCUGUGAAAAUUAAAAUGAUCGAGUACU